AAUUCGUCCCCAAAAACCACCAACAAUAAAAUUUCAAAGAAAAUCAAUUUUUAAGUUAUAAAAUAGUAAAAAUAUUAAUGAACUUGAAAUAAUAGUGUAGUUUCCUGUAAUUCGGCAGCUGUCAUUUGGUCUCGUUCUGACUUUUAGGUUAUCUAAAAUUUGAAACAAAUUUAACUUAAAUUAGCGACAAUAAUGUCGUCAAAGGCUAUCAAGACUUUGGGUAAAUUCAUAAAACCGGGGUUGUUUGAUAAAGGUACAGGAGCCUUGCUCCCUGAAGCCUACAAAAAGUUUUAUAAAGAGUGGAGACUGACUGAACCUACAGUGGUUCAUUACAUACCAGAAGAGGGUAGAUUCAAACGAGAUCCAGUGACUGGCGAAGUACAACGUAUCCAGAAUCACCCCAUUCCACUUCUUUUCAUCAAAGAAUCAAAUGAGCAGAUAUGGGGUGGCGAGCAGGUGAUACAAGGGUUUCAAAUUAGAGACUGGCGUCGAAGACGCGUCCCGCAUUUCUGGUGGCCCCACCUCAAGCGCUCAGUGGUGUACAGUGAAGUCCUAAAUCAACAUAUUUCUGUGGUUGUUACAAACCGCACGAUUAACUUAAUUCAUGCAAACUAUGGGUUUGACCACUAUGUUCUAAAGACACCAGCAUGUGAUUUAAAAUCACUUCUACCACUUACUUUGAAGCGGAAAAUCUUGCAAGAAUUACAGAAAGGUUGCCCCACUUAUGAAGACCAACCUGAGAAACAAAAAGAAAUUCAUAAUAAAUAUAAACAGUAUUUAACUGCUUAUACUUCUGAAGAAAUAGAAUGGUAUGGAUAUUCAUUUACUCAAGCUUGUAAAAAACUCGAAGCCUCCAUUGAAGCCAAAAAUCAACCUAUUCCUUUGAAAAGUGUGUAUAGGUCAGAACUAAUAGAAAAAUUAAAAGAAGCUAAAAUUUCCGCAAGUAGCGAAGAAGUCGCAGUAGGGAACACCAGCACCUGGUUAAAAAAAAUCAAUCCUUUUUCCAAAGAAACAUAAAAAUAGUAUCGCUAUCGCUUUAGAUGUAAUAAAUAAAUUCGUCAACAGAUAA